GUUUUUGAACUGCAACAGUACUGCAAUCUGCGACAUAUUUUGCACCGUUUCUUNUUUUCUUAUAGAAGAAACUUUCUUCUUUCAAUGGCAUCGGCAGCUCCGACGUUUCCAUCUACAAGAGAGACAACUAAUUAUGCCAGAUUAUGCCGGCUUUUGGUGGAUUUUGGUUCUCAGGCCCUGCGAGACACAUUUGAUAGAAUUCAUCCUCCAGGAGGCCUUGAAACAGUUUUGGCAACACCACCAGCUCUUCCUAAACUGCAGUACCUUCAAGUGAAGAAAAUCUUGAAUCCUUUUCAAUGGGAUAUACUAUACCCUGCCAUCAAAUCUUCAGUUUCGUCCAAAGACUUUGAUAUCACCUUGCUGGUGGUGCUGCUCAGGAAUAUUUGUGGCCUGACUACUCCAGCCACUGGCUGGGAUACCCUUCCUUUGCCUGCAGAUUUGUCUUGUGAAGCUGACAUCGCUCGCAUCAAAUUCUACAAAAAUAAAGUGUGUGGUCAUUCCGCCCAAGCGUCGGUUGACGAUGCGACAUUUCACAAUUAUUGGAAGAAUAUCCGCUGUACGCUGGUAAGACUUGGUGGAGUGGCUUAUGAAGCAGCUAUUGAUGGGCUCAAGUAUGACUGCUGGGACCCUGAACUAGAAGAACACUACAAAGAGCUUCUAAAGAAGUGGAAGACGGACGAAGAUAGUGUGAUGGACAAGCUGAUUAACGUUGAAGCCAAAGUAGAUAAAGUAGUAGCAGCAGUGGAUAGAAUUGAGAGGCAAUUGAUGCCAUCGCCUGGUAGGUGA